AUCCGGGGCCCGCGCGGAUCUCGUUUUCCCCGAGCCCCGGUGGCUGGUGGUGGGAACCGCGGUGGUUGGUCGAGUGGGCGCCGAGCAAAAGCCCCACCUGGGGUGGCGGCUGGCGUGCGGAUCGCGUCUGGAGAGAGGCGCGGUUGGAACUGGCCUCCGGAGCCGUGGGCCGCGGGUGCUGGGAUCCGCGGUGCAGCCCGCGCGCUCUCGGCCAAGCGGGUCCUCGCUGGCCUGUUGCUAGGGCCGCCGGAAUCCGUUGCUAAGGAUCCUGGAGAUGCUGUGACCCCAGAGCGCGCCUUUUCUUUCCUAAGGUCGGGCAUUGGACCAAGGAGUAAACGGGAAGCGAUGCAGAAACCAGAGUGCCAUGGAGACGUACAGUUGAGAAACAGAGUGACAGGUAACUGUGAUCAAAGGGCAUCAUCAGGUGCACAAAUAAAACAGAGGACCACAGUUCAGCGAAGCAAGUCCUCCUCCCCAGCCAGUUCUCCAGAGUCUGCAGGAAAACUUCACCCUCGGCCAAGUGAUAAACUUAACCCCAAAACGAUUAACCCGUUUGGUGAACAGUCACGAGCCCCUUCUGCAUUUGCAGCUAUUUACUCUAAAGGAGGCAUUCCUUGCAGAUUGGUCCAUGGUUCGGUAAAACACAGAUUACAGUGGGAAUGUCCCCCUGGCAGUCUUCCAUUUGACCCUCUGCUUAUUACUUUAGCUGAGGGUCUGAGAGAGACUAAACAUCCAUAUACCUUUGUGUCAAAGGAGGGUUUUAGAGAAUUGCUUUUGGUCCAGGGUGCUUCUGAAAAAGCUGUGCCUUUGCUUCCUAGACUGAUUCCUGUGCUAAAGGCAACUCUGGUCCAUUCGGAUGAUGAAGUGUUUGAAAGAGGAUUGAAUGCUCUGGUGCAGUUAAGUGGCAUCGUUGGUCCUUCUCUAAACGACCAUCUGAAGCAUCUGCUUACAAGUCUUUCCAAGAGACUAAGGGACAAGAAAUUCAAAGAGCCAAUCACCAGCGCCUUGCAGAAGCUGGAGCAGCAUGGCGGAAGUGGAAGCCUUGUCAUCAUCAAAUCUAAAAUUCCAACAUAUUGCUCCGUAUGUUGCUGAAGAAGGGAGCCAACGAAAAUCUUACUACUGGGGACAGGUAUUACAGUGCUGAGCAUGCGUACCUGUGGGACCUUUGCAGAUUCACUUCAGUUUAUUCUUUUCUAAAUCACAGCCACUAUUCGUUGUUAUCUAGGUUAAGAUGAAUAUACAAAAUUCCAUUGAAUCAUAGUAAAAAUUACUCAGCAACAAAAAAGAAUGGUUAGUGAUAGAAAACUAUUUUUAAAAGUUCUAUAAUAGUACAGUUUUGUGAGAACUAUUUUUCAUAUUUCUGUGCUUUGUGUGAACAACGAUUAUUGGUUUGCAGUGGAUGUUUGCAUUUAUUUUCUAGCGCCUUUUAUUGAUAGCAUCCCAUUUGUCAUCAGUUUGUAGCUGUAUACUUAUUUAUUGACAGUUUGCCAUUUCUGGACUCUGUAUUUAUCAAGCCUAUGGAAGUUUAAAAUAGUGGACAAACAUUUGUGAAUUCACUCCAUUAUCAUUUGUAAAUACAUAUUUUAUAAUGUAGAAUGCUUGGGAAAAUUUCUUUCCAGAGUAUUCUAGUUUAAGAAAAAAUUUUUCUAAAUGUGUAGGUUCCCUUAUAAGUACGUUGUUUAUUACAACUUAUUAAAACUACCUAAACUUUA